CAGGAGGAGCAGGAGGAGGAGCAGGAGAGCUUUGCUGUGUGAAGCUCUGACGAUCAGCAGGCUGACGGAGAUGCUGUGUUUUGUGGUGCGCACUCUCCUCCACCAUGGAACAACCUAAUUCAUUCACACACACAUGUGUCUCUGUCGCCUUCCGGAUCUGAUGACUCUGAAGCCGCGGUUUGGGACCGGACCUGCGGUUCGGAGAGGAGCGGGAGAGGAGCGCGGCUGAAAAGCCCGAGCUCGUGUGUGGACAGUCCACUCUGCUGUGUCCUGACUAAUGACUUAAGGUGUUCAGCUGUUGGUGCUCAGGACGAAUCAGUUCUCCUUCGGACCGUUUCUAGGACACUUCACUGCAUCCUUCCUCAGAACAAGGAGACAUAGGCAAAUAAUGCCAGCAGAACCAGAGUCUCCCCCCCUGGUAUCCUACCAGCUCCUCAGUUGGACUAUUCUGCCCUUCUCCAGCUUUGUUGUAUACCCUGGCAGAUCCAUGCUGCUGGAUGCCCCUCAAAGAGAUACGCCCGCACCAUGAGCGCCAACGGGCCUGCCCCAGACCCUGUUCCUGUGGCUCCAGAACCACUUCCCACCACAAACCCUGCUACUGCUCCAGCCUCAGCUCCUGUGGCACCGCCUGCUGCUCCUGCCCCACCGACCACUGCCAUCCCGGUAGGCGCGUUGGCUCAGAAGAAGCGGCAGCAGUAUGCUAAAAGCAAGAAACAAGGCAGUAAUGCCAACAGCAGGCCACCUCGAGCUUUGUUCUGCCUCAACCUUAACAACCCAAUACGCAGGGCCUGUAUCAGCCUGGUGGAGUGGAAGCCAUUUGAUAUCUUUAUAUUAAUUGCUAUUUUUGCCAACUGCAUGGCCUUAGCUAUCUAUGUCCCCUUCCCUGAAGAUGAUUCCAACUCCACAAAUCAUGACCUGGAAACGGUCGAGUAUGCCUUCCUCAUCAUUUUCACCAUUGAAACCUUUUUGAAGAUCAUUGCUUAUGGUUUGGUGAUGCACCAGAAUGCAUAUGUGAGAAAUGGAUGGAACAUGCUGGACUUUGUCAUUGUUGUCAUAGGACUUUUUAGUGUCGUCUUGGAGAUUUUGACCAAAGAUGAGAAAGGAGAUGGCCAUGGCGCUACUAGCCACCCGUCAGUGCAUGCUCACGGGGGUAAGCCAGGUGGAUUUGAUGUUAAAGCCCUUCGAGCCUUCCGUGUGCUGCGACCCCUGCGGCUGGUCUCAGGAGUACCCAGUUUACAGGUGGUAUUGAACUCCAUUAUUAAAGCCAUGGUCCCUCUCCUUCACAUUGCCCUCUUGGUCUUGUUUGUUAUUAUCAUCUAUGCUAUUAUUGGCCUGGAGCUCUUCAUUGGUAAAAUGCACGCAACCUGUUAUAUUCCUGGCUCAGAUUUGAUUGCAGAGGAGGAACCAGCUCCAUGUGCGAUCUCAGGGCACGGGCGCCAUUGCUCCAUCAAUGGCACUCAGUGCAGGGAAGGCUGGCAAGGUCCCAACAAUGGUAUCACCAACUUUGACAACUUUAUGUUUGCCAUGCUGACGGUGUUUCAGUGUAUUACCAUGGAGGGAUGGACGGAUGUGCUGUACUGGAUGAAUGAUGCUAUGGGCUUUGAGCUUCCUUGGGUGUACUUUGUCAGUCUUGUGAUCUUCGGCUCCUUUUUCGUUCUUAACCUGGUUUUGGGUGUGCUGAGUGGAGAGUUCUCUAAGGAGAGAGAGAAGGCCAAAGCCCGUGGAGACUUCCAGAAGUUGCGAGAGAAGCAGCAGCUAGAGGAGGAUCUGAAGGGUUACCUGGACUGGAUCACUCAGGCUGAAGACAUUGACCCCGAUAAUGAAGACGAAGCCGACGAAGACAGCAAGCGCAACCGAGUGACUCUGGCUGACCUCACUGAGAAGAAGAAAGGAAGGUUUGGGUGGUUCAGCCAGUCCUCUGACACUCAUGCGAGUGUGCCAGCCAGCGAAACAGAAUCGGUGAAUACGGAGAACCAAAACGGAGAGGAUGAAAAGACUCCAUGCUGUGGACCUCUGUGUCAAAAAAUUUCAAAGUCAAAGUUUAGUCGGCGCUGGCGCCGCUGGAACAGGUUCUGUCGCAGGAAGUGUCGGCUGGCUGUCAAAUCGGUGCCUUUUUAUUGGCUUGUUAUCAUCCUGGUGUUCCUCAACACUCUCACCAUAUCAUCAGAGCAUUACAACCAGCCUGGCUGGUUGACACAAGUACAGGAUGUGGCCAACAAAGUGCUGCUCGCCCUCUUCACAUGUGAAAUGUUGGUAAAAAUGUACAGUCUUGGGCUGGAGGCUUAUUUCGUGUCACUCUUCAACCGUUUUGACUGCUUUGUGGUAUGUGGAGGCAUCACUGAGACCAUCCUGGUUGAGAUGGAGAUCAUGUCCCCCCUCGGUAUCUCUGUGUUCCGCUGUGUCCGCCUGCUGAGGAUCUUUAAGGUGACACGUCACUGGCAGUCUCUGAGUAACCUGGUGGCCUCUCUGCUCAACUCCAUGAAGUCUAUCGCCUCUCUUCUGCUGCUGCUCUUCCUCUUCAUCAUCAUCUUCUCCCUGCUGGGCAUGCAGGUGUUUGGAGGCAAAUUCAAUUUUGAUGAGACCCAGACCAAGAGGAGUACCUUUGACAACUUUCCCCAGGCCCUUCUCACUGUGUUUCAGAUUCUCACUGGAGAAGACUGGAACGUUGUAAUGUAUGAUGGGAUCAUGGCCUAUGGAGGCCCUUCCUCCUCUGGCAUGAUUGUGUGCAUUUACUUCAUUAUCCUCUUCAUCUGUGGAAACUAUAUCCUUCUGAAUGUCUUUUUGGCUAUUGCUGUGGACAAUUUGGCAGAUGCAGAGUCUCUCAACACAGACAAGACAGGGGACAAAAAAGAUGAUGAUAAAGAUGACAAGGAGGAUGAAGACGAGGAUAAUGACACUGCAGGGGAGGAUGAGGACCCGGAUGUCCCAUCGGGGCCUCGGCCAGCUAUUGCUGAUCUGGUAAAGAAAGAGAAGAUCACUCCUAUUCCAGAGGGCAGCGCCUUCUUUAUCUUCAGCAACACAAACCCGGUUCGUGUGUUUUGCCACAGACUCAUUAAUCAUCACAUAUUCACCAACCUCAUUCUGGUGUUCAUCAUGCUGAGCUCAGUGUCACUGGCUGCCGAAGAUCCAAUCCGCAACUUCUCAGCACGCAACAUUAUACUUGGUUACUUUGACUAUGCUUUCACGGCUAUCUUUACUGUUGAGAUCGUGUUAAAGAUGACAACAUAUGGAGCUUUUCUCCACAAAGGAGCCUUCUGUAGAAAUUAUUUCAACCUCCUAGACUUGUUGGUGGUUGGAGUUUCCAUUGUCUCCUUUGGUAUUCAGUCUUCUGCUAUCUCAGUGGUGAAGAUUCUCCGGGUACUUCGAGUACUUCGGCCCCUGAGGGCCAUCAACCGAGCCAAAGGCCUGAAGCAUGUGGUGCAGUGUGUGUUUGUGGCCAUCAGAACAAUCGGUAACAUCAUGAUCGUCACCACCCUGCUUCAGUUUAUGUUUGCGUGUAUCGGGGUGCAGCUCUUCAAGGGAAAAUUCUAUCGUUGCACGGAUGAAGCCAAAUCCAUCCCAGAAGAGUGCAAGGGGACCUAUAUCCUGUAUAAGGACGGCGAUGUGAACCAGCCAUCUAUUCACAAACGAGUGUGGCACAACAGCGACUUCAACUUUGACAACGUCCUCAUGGCCAUGAUGGCUCUGUUCACUGUCUCCACCUUUGAAGGAUGGCCUGCGUUACUGUACAAAGCCAUUGACUCCAACAGAGAGAACCUUGGUCCUAUUUACAACUACCGUGUUGAGAUCUCAAUCUUCUUCAUCAUCUACAUUAUCAUCAUUGCUUUCUUUAUGAUGAACAUCUUUGUAGGUUUUGUGAUCGUCACAUUUCAGGAACAAGGAGAGAAGGAGUAUAAAAACUGUGAACUUGACAAGAACCAGCGUCAGUGUGUGGAGUAUGCUCUAAAAGCACAUCCACUGAGAAGUUACAUCCCUAAGAACCCAUACCAGUACAAGUUCUGGUACGUGGUGAACUCCACUGGGUUUGAGUACAUCAUGUUUGUGCUCAUCAUGCUCAACACACUCUGCCUGGCUGUGCAGCACUAUGGCCAAUCAGCACUCUUCAACUACGUCAUGGACAUUCUUAACAUGGUUUUUACUGCUGUUUUCACUGUGGAAAUGGUUCUCAAACUCAUCGCUUUCAAACCCAGGCACUAUUUCACUGAUGCUUGGAACACAUUUGACGCCUUAAUUGUAGUUGGUAGCGUCGUUGAUAUCGCAAUCACUGAAGUUAAUCCAACGGAGACUCCUCAGUUGGAUGAGAUGGGGAACACAGAGGACAGUGCUCGUAUCUCCAUCACCUUUUUUCGUCUGUUUCGAGUCAUGCGACUGGUCAAGCUCCUCAGCAGAGGGGAGGGGAUCCGUACCCUGUUAUGGACGUUCAUCAAAUCCUUCCAGGCUCUACCAUAUGUUGCUCUUCUGAUAGCCAUGCUAUUUUUCAUCUAUGCCGUUAUUGGCAUGCAGAUGUUUGGUAAGAUCGCCAUGGUGGAUGGCACACAAAUCAACAGAAACAACAACUUCCAGACCUUCCCGCAAGCCGUGCUACUUCUCUUCAGGUGUGCCACUGGUGAGGCGUGGCAGGAGAUCAUGUUGGCCUGUAUGCCAGGAAAGCUGUGCGACCCAGAGUCUGAUUACAACCCCGGAGAGGAAAUGACUUGUGGCAGCGGAUUUGCUAUAGUUUACUUCAUCACCUUCUACAUGCUCUGCGCCUUCCUGAUUAUCAAUUUGUUUGUGGCUGUCAUUAUGGACAACUUUGACUAUCUAACACGUGAUUGGUCCAUCCUUGGUCCACACCACCUUGACGAAUUCAAAAGAAUUUGGUCGGAGUACGAUCCAGAGGCAAAGGGCAGAAUUAAGCAUCUGGAUGUCGUUACCCUUCUUCGUCGUAUACAACCUCCUCUUGGCUUUGGGAAACUGUGUCCUCACAGAGUCGCUUGCAAGAGACUGGUAGCCAUGAACAUGCCUCUGAACAGUGACGGCACAGUCAUGUUUAACGCAACUCUGUUUGCACUGGUGCGCACAGCCCUGAAGAUCAAAACAGAAGGUAAUCUAGAGCAGGCCAACGAGGAGCUGCGGGCUGUGAUCAAGAAAAUCUGGAAGAGAACCAGUAUGAAGCUGCUGGAUCAAGUGGUGCCCCCUGCUGGUGAUGAUGAGGUAACCGUGGGGAAGUUCUAUGCCACCUUCCUGAUACAGGACUACUUUAGGAAAUUCAAGAAACGUAAAGAGGAAGGCCUGGUGUGUGCGCACCCCUCCCAGAACAACACAGCCAUAGCUUUACAGGCUGGCCUUCGCACGCUGCAUGAUAUCGGGCCUGAAAUUCGCCGAGCAAUAUCAUGUGACCUUCAAGAUGAGGAACUAGUAGACUUUAUUCCAGAGGAAGACGAGGAAAUUUAUAGGCGUAAUGGUGGACUCUUUGGCAACCAUCUCAUGAAUGGUGGUCAUCGCAGAUCCGACGGCCACCAGACAAACGCCACUCAGCGUCCUCUCCAAGUGCAGCCGCCACCGCACUAUGUCCAUAUGGAGCAGCCAGUGGGACGUCUCUCUCGAGCCAAUGCCAUGUCCCAUCCCAACCACAAUCAUCGCCAUCACCAUCGCCACCACAAUUCCUACGGCAAGUCCCCGAAAUCCACCAACAUCAACCUCAACAAUGCCAACAUAUCCAGUCUGCCCAAUGGAGGGCACCAUCAUUACUAUGAACACACACCUCCCAAUGGCUAUCCAGGCCUGCGGAGCUCCUACUACAACUACGACCGGAGCCGAACACCCCAGGGUCACAGAAGGCGCUACUAUGAGACCUAUGUUAGGUCCCACGGAGGGGAUGCACACCACCCCACCAUCCACAGAGAGGAGGAGUUUGAUGAAGAGCGCUUCUCUGGGGAGUACUACAGUGGGGAGGAGUUUUAUGAGGAUGACAGUAUGCUGUCAGGAGACAGGUAUCAGAACAGUGACACCGAGUAUGAAACACCCAGAGGUUACCAUCACCCUGACAAUUACUAUGACGAUGAUGAGCAACCCCUCUACCAUGACUCUCGGAGGUCGCCAAAGAGAAGACUGCUUCCUGCCACACCACAGGGUAACAGGAGGCCAUCCUUCAACUUUGAGUGUCUGCGCAGACAGAGCAGUCAGGACGAGCUUCCACAUCAGCGCACUGCUCUGCCGCUGCAUCUCAUGCAGCACCAGGUCAUGGCUGUAGCAGGCUUGGACUCGAGCCACGCGCACCGCCUCUCUCCGACACGCUCCACCCGCUCCUGGGCCACACCCCCUGCCACUCCAGCCAGUAAAGAGCAGUCGCCCUACUACACCCCUCUUAUCCGUGUGGACCAGCCACACAGAGACAGAGCUGCCAGCAGCCAUGUGUCUGUACGCAAAAGCUCCUGGUACACGGAUGACCCUGAUUUCACCCAGAGGACCUACUCGCCAGUCCACCUGCAGGUGCCGCCAGAGUACCACAACCUGUACUACCAGAAGAGAGGCAGCGCCACCAGCCUGGUGGAAGCGGUUUUGAUAUCAGAGGGGCUUGGGAGGUACGCCAAGGAUCCCAAGUUUGUCGCUGCCACAAAGCACGAGAUUGCAGAUGCCUGUGAGAUGACGAUAGACGAGAUGGAGAGUGCAGCAAGCCACCUGCUGAAUGGAGGGAUGACACCGGGCAUCAACGGGGUCAACGUGUUCCCCAUUAUGACUCCAAAGGACUAUGACCUGCAGGACAACGCAGCCAGCUACAGUGACGAGGAGCCCGACACAGAACCCAGAGCACCGUAUGAGGAGGAUCUGGCUGACGAGAUGAUUUGCAUCACAACUUUAUAGCAGAGGCUGGAGAAAGCUGCAAAUUAGAAACUUACCAGACCACAAUCAGUCAAAACAUAUUUUUUAAAAAAGAAAAAAAUAAGAAAUGCAUCUGUUGGCUGUGGCCAAAAGAAGUGCCUUUUACAUUGAAGGAAAAAAAAGGCAAAACACAUAAUUAAUUUAUUUGUUCUACACCUGCCAGCAGAAGAAUCCACAGGGCAGAGCCAGGGAGGAUUCCUGCUGUCUCUGCUCCGGUGGUACUGUUUCAACCUACAGCCAAUCACAGAUGACGACGGUGACGAUGACGAUGCUGGUGAAAGAGACGGUCCCAAUAGCAAAGGUGUGAUAACCGCUCUAAGGGUGAUGACAAUCAGAUGUACGAUGUCAUUACCUCAGUCACUUUAUUAAGGUUUGGUAUAUCAUGCAAGUUUUCAAUGCAAGCAUAGAAAGGCGUAUCGCCUCCUUUAGUCAUAGGAAUAACUUGAUCCCUUUGUUAUUAGAACUGAUCGUUUUAAAACUAGAGAGGAGCACCACUAGUGUUGUACCAGAUUAUGCAGGAAAUAACUGUCCUACUUAUAUAGCAUCACUCAACUUGAGACAUGUACUUUUGAAGUGAGAAAAGUAUGUGUGAUCAAUGCACUAGCAGGUGGGUUAUUUUAAAUUUUAGAAUAGCCUGGUUACUAUUUCAUAGUUGAUAUACUGUAAAUUGUAUUAUAUAAAAGAAACUUUGUAAAGAGAUAUUCUAUAUUUUGUAAUUAUGUGUCAUUGAAAAGAUGAGCAAUAUGGACCCUUGUGAUUCCUAUUAUGCUGUAAAAAAUAACUGACUUACAUUAUUUUCGUAGAUGCGAUAUUCAAAUAUUCAUUUGCCUUUAUUUUUUGCUCAUAUGCACCCUUUAUUUUGCCUGUGACAUCAUUUUUAAGAGGUUAUGCUUGUAUGACAUCACAGCUGCACAAGAUAUGCAACUAGCUUUGUUUUAUUAGCACUGAGGUACACGUGGUACCGGUUGCAUAAGAUUAAAUCCUCUUUAAAGGAGCAUUUUUAAACACGUGUUUGCAUAUUUUGUGCAGGACAUGCACAGAAAUUUAAAAUGCAUAGUUUAUUGACAGUGCUGGGUUUUUGGUUUGUUUAAGUUUGUUUUAAAAUCCAACCGAGGUAAUGUCAGCCCCUACAGAAAUGCCUUUUUGCUGCUCAAAGAAGGAAAAGAUAAAUGAAUAUUUUCUCCUCGCUUCUGCUGAACUUUUCUGUGACAUGCUCUUUGUUGAUCACAGUGUGAUUCCAUUAAAUCUUUGUACUGAAUCUUCACGAAGUGUGCGAGGGCUAAGCAGCCUGUGGCGGGAGGAGACACAUGCGUAUCCAAAGGUGAUACAGACUAACGUGUUGUAGGCGGACGGACAGAGGGCGGCCUGGGGUCAGCAUGCUGCAGAGACGCGAAGCAAUACUAAACCCCUCCCCCUUGUUUCUCUCAGCCGGCCUGGUUUGUGCAUACACUAUACCUCAUAAAGCAACGGUGACAACAUAUCGCUUUCUCAACUGAUCUCAAUAGUUAUCUCAACACAUGAUUUAAAUCUUGAACCCCACCAGUUGUUUUGAGAAGAAAAAUGCUGAAUGCAUAACUGCUGGAACACAAGGCCACAAAUAUAUAUUAACCAGUGGUGGGCACAGCUCACCUUAAAGUUAGCUCUAACCUAAAAGUUAAGUGUGAUAACAAUGAAACAAAUCACAAAAAACAUUUAACUGACACUGCUAAUAUUUGCUAUCUUUUGUUAUAACUUUGGCUUGAUUUUUUUUUCUUUCUAUAACCGCCCCCCUGCUCCCCCAAAAGAAAAAACAGAUCUAAAGAGCUGAAAUUUAAAUUCACUGGAAAAGUUUAGCAUACAGUACUAAGAUCAUAAUAAUGAUAUCCAAGAUGUAAAUAAACUAAAAUGGAAGACUUAGCAUUCAGCAUACACUUUAUUCACAAUACAAAAAGUGUUAAAGGAAUAAGAAAUUUUAAAAAAAUGCACAUGGAAAAUCAUUUUAAAAAUCGAAUUAAUACAUUUACUCCGGCUUGACCUACUGCUCCUCGAGGUGAUGCGUGUUGCAUUUUUUUUCACUUUUGUUUAUUGCAUAAGUGUAUUAGCUCCAACAGGAACAAACAUAAGAUUUUGGGGAUUACAAACAUUUUGAUGGUUAAACAUUUUUUUAAAUGCUAUCUGACCUACAGUUAGAGGAACUAAAUUUAGUGGAAGCUAAUUGUUCUAUUAAUGACUUCCAAAGUUUGCUGAAAAGCAAAUAGACUAUUGAAAAAGGUGGUUGUUGCUGAUGAGCUGAACUGUGCCCACCACUGCGUUUUUUAAAUCUCAUAUCAUUUAUUGAUCCAACACAAAGAUGCAUGGAUCAAAGGACACAUGGAUCAAAGGUGGCGUAAACAAUGGUGAGUUUGAAUUAGCACAGAGGAUAUUUAGACCUGAGUAAUGAUGUGAUCUGUUGUUCAUGAGUGUUUGAUUUGUUGACGAGUGCAUAUUGUACUCUAACUCAACCGAAUACUGUCAUGAAAAUGUAGGUUUUCCAUUUUGUGUGCACAUUGAAAGGGCUCUUUGAACUGUUUGUGAGUAUAAAAAAAAUCUAUAUUCUUGUGUGUUCUUGUUCUUUUGUUGAUAACUGUCACAUAAAAGGACCAAUUUACAAAAGAGGCACAUUGUACUAUUUGUAGCAAUUGCAGUACUGAUGAGCUGAAGAUAUGCAUUAUUUUUAAACAGUUUUAAAAGUUGUGUGAACCUAAAGAAAAUAAUUUUACCUCAUGUCAGGGAUUCCUGAAAAAAAAGAAAAUGAUUUGGUUCAUUCUGUACCAAUGGUAUUUAAAUAUUAGCACAUAACUGUUUGUCUUUGCACAAGUAAAUGUUUAGUGCUUUUCUUUCUCCUUUUUCAAAAAAAAGUAUUAAGGUGAGACAAUUUUGUACUUCUUUGUGACUGUGUGUAUGGUUUAGUGGUGUCGAUAUUUGUCAUUGACACCUCACGUGAAGAUGCUGGGAAUGAAAGUGUGUCAGAAAUAUUUUAAAGGUGCACUGUCGCUCUGUUUUUCGGUCGGACCCAGUUUACAGAGAAACGCGUUUGACUUGAACAUUUCCUUUUCUUCAUAGUAUUGUUACAAUUAAUGUUGGAACUAUUAAUGUUCUGAAAGCUGUAUUAAAACAGGAGACAAUGUAAAAUAUGUACAAAGGUAUGGAAAGACCCGUGCUAAUGUUCUCCACUUGAAAGUCUUGAUAUUUCCUCAUUUUUUUAUUCAUCAAACAUCAUUCCCCUUUGUAGCAAAUGCUUCAUGAUAAUCCUCUAGGUUUUUGUAUUAAUGCAUUUUUUUUUCUAUUUAAUUUCAGUUUGGCCUUGACUUUAUUUAAAUUGAUGACAUUUAUUUUCUAAUGAUUAUUAUUGAAUAAACCUGCACUGAAUAA